AUGGCGCAGCUUCGCGAUCGAUUUUACUGGCUGAAUCAAAUCAACAAAGCCAGCACGGCGAUCAAUGUCGACGAGAAGCUCCUCAGCCAAGAACUGGGCAGCACUAUCGCGCAUGGAAUCACAAAGAUCCUCGACGAUGGUAGCAAGCCUGAUGGAGCACGGCCCGGCCGUGUAAUCACUCUCGAGCCUUUACUUAUCAAGGCUGCCGGAAUUGAAGCCACACGUCUCCAUGUUGGACGUUCAUCCCAGGACAUGCACACAACUGCAACGAUAGCAACAAUUCGUGAGCACACGCUGAACCUAGCGGAUCAAUUGCAUCGUACUAUAUCCCGAAUGGUGAGCAUGGCAGAGGAGCACGUGAAUACACUGGUACCCAAUUACACAAACGGCGUAGCUGCUCAGCCCAACUCGUAUGGACACUACCUCUUGGGCCAUGUCGCAGGCCUUCUCCGAGAUGCAGAACGUCUGCAGCAGUUCUAUGCGCGCCUUGACCGGUGUCCCAUGGGUUCCACGGUCCUGAACGGGAGUCGCUGGCCCUUGGACAGGCAGCGUAUGGCGUCAUACCUCGGUUUCGCCGCGGUGGCCGACAAUGCCUUUGACGCCGUCCAGAUCUCUGGCACUGAGAUGCCCGUGGAAUUGGGUGCUGUCUGCACAAGCAUGAUGCUCCAUGCUGGUGCAUUUAUCCAGGACGUUAUGAGUCAGUAUGGAAACCCUAGGCCCUGGAUUCUUUUGAAAGAGGGAGGCGAUAAUACCUAUGUUUCCUCGGCGAUGCCUCAGAAGAGAAACCCAGGCAUACUCAAUAGCACUCGUGCCGAUGCAUCGAGGAUCAUUACUCUGGGCUUCGGUAGAGCAGUACAAGCUCACAAUAUUACACCGGGCAUGAUUGACGCAAGAAGCACCAGUGAUAGUGUAGAGGUUGUCAAGGGAGCAACAGCUGUUCUGAAAGACUUGGCACGAAUCCUGGGAGCUUUGCAGAUCAAUGCAGAGCGCGCUCUGGAGGAGCUGAAUAGUGACUGGACCGCUUCGCAGGAGGUUGCAGAUGUUCUGAUGAUCCGCCAUGAUGUUCCAUUCAGAGUUGGUCACCAUUUUGUCUCCGAGAUGGUCACUUAUGCGAGGAAGAACAAUAUUAGACCUAGUGACUUCCCCUACGAGCAGGCGCAGAACAUAUGGAUUACAGCCCAUCAACAUUUGCAGCUCGAAUGCACCGCGGUGUUGCCUAUGAGUGCUGAAGAGCUUCGCGAGACUCUGAAUCCCGCCGCCGUCGUUCAAAAUCGAGCCACGACUGGCGGACCCCAGCCCACCGAAAUGAGCCGCAUGCUCAAAGAGGCCCAAGAUCGUGUCAGGGGUCUCAAGGCAUGGAGGUCGGCUCAGUCAUCGUACAUAGAGUCCUCACUAAGUCGCCUGGAGGUAGACUUUCAGAAGUUGCUGGUAGCGGUUCAGAACUAG